AUGGAAGUCCUCCAGAACAUCCCACGUCCCACCAUCGAUCGCCCCUUUGGCGUCCACCUAUGGCCCAUCUUCGACAAGGCCUUCGAGGUCGUCGUGGGCUAUCCCGCCAGCGAAUUCCGCUUCGUGGAGGGUGUGACCCCGAUGUCUGGCUUCCGCGAGACCGCCGCCAUGCUCGUCACCUACUACAUUACCAUCUUCGGCGGUCGCGCCAUCAUGAAGAACUUCCCUGCGCUCAAGCUCAACGCGCUCUUCAUGAUCCACAACUUCUACCUGACCGCGAUCAGCGCGACUCUCCUGGCUCUCUUCAUUGAGCAGCUUCUGCCCAUCAUCUGGAGAAACGGCAUCUUCUUCGCCAUCUGCGACCACCAGGGUGGAUGGACCCAACCCUUGAUCGUCCUCUACUAUCUGAACUACCUGACCAAGUACCUGGAGCUCCUCGAUACCGUCUUCCUCUUCCUCAAGAAGAAGCCCCUGACCUUCCUUCAUACCUACCACCAUGGCGCCACUGCCCUCCUCUGCUACACCCAGCUGAUCGGCUUGACUGCGGUCCAGUGGGUGCCCAUCACCAUCAACCUCCUCGUCCACGUCGUCAUGUACUGGUACUACUUCCAGAGUGCCCGUGGUAUCCGGAUCUGGUGGAAGGAGUGGAUCACCCGUCUGCAGAUCAUCCAGUUUGUCAUCGAUCUUGGCUUCGUUUACUUUGCCUCUUACACCUACUUCUCCUCUACCUACUUCCCCUGGGCUCCCAAUAUGGGCAAGUGCGCUGGUGAGGAGUUCGCCGCUUUCGCCGGAAUCGCCAUCAUCAGCUCUUACCUGUUCCUCUUCAUCUCGUUCUACAUCGCCACCUACAAGAAGGCCGCGAAGACCGGCCGUCCCCGUCGCAACACUGGAAGACAGGCGGUGAUCGACAUGGCCAAGUUCGAGGUUGCUCCCGCUGGUGCUAACGGUGCCGCCGCCAAUGGCAACGCCAAGUCCAACGGAGCCGCGACUUCCACUGGUCGCUCCAACGGCCCCGUCACUCGCUCUCGCAAGGCGUAA